AUGACAACUUCAAAUCCAAAAACCCUAAAUUGGGAAUUAUUUAAACUAAAAUUGGAAAACAUAAAACCAUACGACGGUAACAGAAAUACUUUAAACAAAUUUAUUAACAGAUGUGAAAAUCUAAUAGAGACGUAUUCGAUCUAUAAUGAUCAAGAUAUUAAUAAUCAUGUCUUGGAAUGUAUCCAAGAAAAAUUAAUUGACAAAGCUGAGAUGAUGGUAGGAAAUAGGAUUGAACUAAAUACCUGGUUCAAACUAAAGGAAGCUUUGAUACAAUGCUUUGCAGAUAGGCGCGAUUUAGACUGCAUAUUGCAGGAAUUAACAAGAACAAGACCGUUUAAAAAUGAAAACUUAAUAACAUUUGGUAACAGAUUACAAUUACUGAAAAAUCAAACAAUACAAAGAAUCAGUAAUAAUUUAAAUUUAGGUGAAAUUGACAAAAAUGUCAAAUAA